AUGUCGUUUCGAACCAGAGAAGGCAGCUCUUGGGACUUCAAGCGUAACGUUGUCAACACAGGCCUCCCCACAGCAGCCGUCAAGCCCGACUCUAAUGAUGUACCCCAAUUUCACGACGUCAUCGUCAUUGCUCGGGAUCGCAUCGGCGGCCGUACAUGGACUGCAAAAGGGCAAAACGAUGAUUACGAAAUGGGCGGCCGCUGGGUCCACCACCUGCAACCUCACGUGUGGAGUGAGAUGUGUCAAUAUGGUCUCACGGCGACCGAGAAGAGUGCUGGCAUGGAGCCGGACUGUCCAUUGAUUACUGAUGGCAACCUGAAGAGCAUGCAGGAGGCGGGCGCCUCGUUUGCCCCUAUCGCAGCUGCUUUCUUCGACGUCGACGGCCAUGGCGGGCGAAUUGAUAUCAGCGCCGAAGAGCGUAUAAACCAGAUGAAUGUCACGGAGCAAGGAGAAGGGCUACUCAGAAUAUGGAUGUCGACCUCAGGCCUGACUGACAUAUCCCAAAUUGGGUUCUUAAAUCUGCUAUGGCUUUAUGCACUCUCUGGGUACAACUUCCAGCGAUAUCUUGAGAUCAACGGAGCCUUCAAGAUUCCCGGAGGAACCACAGCGCUAGCCGAAAUGAUUUUUGCCGAAUUCAAGGGUGCGUCGUUGUUCAACCGCCAUAUCACUGCUAUCACCUCGCAUUCGACAAGUGCAAACGUUCAGGUCAAGGGUGGCCAAGAGUUCUCUGCCAGUCACGUUAUCUGCACCGUCCCAGUACAUUGCCUCGCCGAUAUCGAAUUCAUACCUGCCCUGCCUCCUUCGUUUGCCUCGAUCGGGCACUACAAUUUUGGCGGAAAGCUUCACGUGCAUUCAUCAAAAUGCGCGGCUAAAUUCUUUGGCGUUACUACUCCUUCCAAAACUGCCUGCUUUGGCAUUACUGAGUCUGCUUCUAACACUGGGGGUGUCAACAUAGUUGCCUUCAAGAGCGCCCAUCUUGAAGCACCCGGUCGGCCACCAUUGACGAUCCUGGAUGACGCCCUCAACGAGUAUCUCUGGCAUGAUUGGCGGAACGACCAGUUCUCCAAAGGGGCUUGGCCUGUCUACCCUGCCAAGGUCCUUUCGGAAACCCUCGGUACACUCAUGCAGAACAGGAGAGCGUCUAGAAGGCUUACUCUUGCUGGGUCGGACUGGGCCGAUGGCUGGGGACACAUCCUAUUCGACUCUGGCGAGUCUGCGAACACUCUGAAACCGGGAUACUUUCCGUUUUGGAUGCCCUUUUUCCACUUUGCUGUCGAUAUCAAUGUCGGAAAGGACGAGGGCAUCGGUUCUCUUCUCGAGCAGGAGAGCCUUGCAGCUGCCAACCUCAAGGCAGUCGUACUAUCUCAUCUUCACCAUGAUCACGGCGACGGGCUACCAGACCUGGUUGGAGCACCAGUCUGGAUCACUGAAGAACAUUGGCAGGCAUACGGGAAGCCAAUCCAUGCUACAAUUGAAGGGGCUGUUCCGAAUCAAUGGCCAGAAACGUUCAAACCUCUACUCCUUCAGCCAACCGGUGGCCCUAUUGGACCAUGGAACCAGAGCUAUCCUAUAACCGAUGACGGGAAAGUGGUGGCUGUUGACACACCCGGGCAUGUGCCAGGACAUGUGUCGGUGAUUGUAUACGCCGAUGACGUUACGUAUCUCCUGCUUGGAGAUGCUACAUAUGAUCAAGAUCUACUUGACAAGGAGCUCACGGAUGGCGUCAACAACAAUCCAGCCCUGGCAAUCGAUUCUCUGAGGAAAGUUAAGGAAUUCGCAAGUAGCGAAAAGGUUGUGCUCCUCCCUGCUCACGACCCACAGACAGCUCACCGCUUGGCGGAGAGGACCAUAUAUAGACCUAGCAUGGUUCAAAGUUCGACGGAGGACACGUCUCUGGACGCGACAUUUGGACUAUUUCUGGCGCUUUUUGUAGCUCUUGUGUUUAUGUGGCUGAAGUUAAGGCAAAGGCAAUAG